AUGACUGAUCCGAAUUACCGUGAAUACCACUUAUAUGAUGUCAUCGACAAUCCAUAUCCCAAGCUUAUGGAUCUUGAUUUGUCGAAGUGUGACACUGGUUUCGGUGGAAAUUUUGGAUAUAUCAGACCUUCUGAAGGUGCUAUCAUUACAAAUCCAAAUUCAGACAAGUCAACGACACUAAAACGUCAAGAAAAUGAGCUUUUCCUAUCAAUUUACCUUGCAAAGAAGAAAGCUCUUGGAUUAGUUGCUGUGAAAUCAACUUCAUCACGUGAUAGUUUCUAUUUCAUACUAUUUGAAACAGGUGAUCCACAAAGGAAGGUUAUCCAUGUUCCAAAAGAGUUCUAUCCUCAAGAAUUAAUUCAAAAUCAGCCUUUUAUUCUAGCAAUCAACAAAGACCUUUCUAAAUUUGCCUACACGAUGGAAGGGCGUAAGAUCAUCAUAUUCCAAGAGCCGUAUACCUCAAAACCAAUAAAUGUUACUUUACAAGAUACAAUUACUAAUUUACUGUUCACUGUUGACUCCAACAACCCUCAAGUCCAUGCAUUCUUCGUUACCACAGCAAAAUCAAUCCGUUAUUACGACUGGGCUGACGAAUUUAACGAAGAACCAGUAAAUCGUUCUACAAUGCAAAAUGUAGACAUCGGGCCAGGCAUGGUUACACUUAAGGAAGACGGCAUCUUACUUACGUGCACGCAAAACAAAAUUUCCUUUUAUGAUAAAUAUGGACAACUUACAGAGUCCGGCCAUUCAAAUAAUACGCAGCAGACGGCCGCAACAGAGAAGAGGAAACGUUCCAAGCAGGUUAAAACCACGAACGGCAACCUUUCUACGAUGGUAAACAAAUUAAACAAACAAGUGCUAGGAAAUCCACUUGAAUACACUCUCAAUGCAGAGCCAAACCAAAUCCAUUGGAUAGGAAACGCUCUUCUCUGCAUUUUCAACAAAUCCCACGAUUCUGCCAUCAGAAUCUACAAUUUCCAGCCUCCCUGCAUAUUCGGAAAGGCGGCAAAUGGUGAUACAGUGCGUUAUGUCUUCCAUGAAUGGAAUUCCGUCAUUCUUGUCCGUUCAAAUAAUGUUAUCACAAGAAUGGUCGAAGUAGACAUGAACGAUAAGAUCACUACAAUUAUUCAGAAUGAGCAGUUCGAUGUAGCUCUGUCGAUUGCGGCCACUCACAAGAUGGGCCAAGAAUAUAUCUCAAUGAUUCAUGCGAAAAGAGCUGAUUCCUACUACGCCAAACAUAAGUUUGAUAAGUCAAUUGACGAAUACAUCCAAACAAUUGGCUUUUUGGAGCCUUCUGCUGUAAUUACGAAAUUUAUUGACCCCCAGUACGCAGAAUACCUUGUUAGAUACCUCGAAGGGCUUCAGGCGAACAGGCUUGCCAACAAGCAGCACACAACUCUCCUGUUCAACUGUUACACGAAGCUAAGAAAAGAUGAUAAAAUCCAAAAGUACAUAGAAAACUCCCAGAAGCAGAUGCAACCUAACUACGAUGUAGCAACAGCUGUCGAAGUCCUUAAUUUGAGUGCUUACAGGAAGGAAGCCCUUGAAAUUGCGAAAAAUUACGGUUUGCACAUGGAAUACUGCGGAAUGUUGGCCGAAGACCAUGAAUACAAACUCAUUUUCCAGCACAUGACGACCAUCAACGCUUCCGAAGUCAUGAGCAUCAUCAAAAGAUACGGAACAGACAUGGUCGACAGUUUUAAGGACAAAAGUGACAUGAAAAAAUUUACAGAAUUUUUAGCUGAUUGCUGCUGUUACGGCUGUCCGACAAAUCCACCUCCCAACAUUGAAAUCAAGAAGGAAUUCGUUGAUCCAGAGGAAGUAAUGCGUGUUUUCUUCUUGAAACCACAUAUUUUAGUAAAUUUUGUCGAAAAACUCAUCGAAAGCAAUCCGUCGAUCUGUACAAAAGAUGUAUGGAAUGUCGCAAUGAUGAGCGUUAUCUUUAAAGACAAAGAUCAAGAAAGAAACGCAAUUUUCGACAAAUAUUUCAAUUUACAACAGAACGAUCAAAAAUAUGACAAUGAAACAUUGAUGUUGUUCUUCAAAUCAGAGGACUACAAAUACGGUUUGCAGAGAAUUUACAUGAAAGAAGAUGUGAAGUUCUAUGAAGAAUACAUCAAACUGUUGAGAUACGAACAGAUUCCUAAAUUGUUCGCUGAAUCAUACCCAAUUCCCAUUUGGAGACAAACAAAAGCUCUCUGGAGAUACGCUUUACAAUAUUUGGUUGAAGCGCGUGUCAAAUCUUCAAAAAGUGACAUUGAAUUGUUAACAACUACGAUAGAAGAAAUGAUAAUUAAUAUUGUAUUAGCGAGGAAACAAGCAGAGACAAGAGUAUCUGAAUUGUAUUAUGAUACAAUAGAUAUUGACUUAAAAGUCGAACAAGAAGAAGAUGAAAACCAAACACAAGAAAAAUUGAAGAUGAAAAUAAAUAAAAACCAAAAAAAAAUUUACAGAGAAAUGGAAGAUGUUAAUGGACCAAUAGAUUUCCUUGAUCUUCUCGAGAUAAUUGGUAAAGACAGGAAACUUAAAAUGUAUAUAAUUAAAUCAAUCGCAAGAGCUGAAUUCAAAGCAAAACAAACAAGAAUUCAAAAAAUGGAGAAAAUUUUGAUGCAAACUGAAUAUGAAUUAGUUGAUGAAGACACACAACAACUAAAACUGACAACACAACAUUACAAAGCUAAUCAAACAAGAUGCAGAAAAUGUAAUGGGGUGAUUGAUCUCCCUGCAAAACACUUCCUUUGUGGACAUUCUUAUCAUAUCGAAUGUCUUGGCGAAAAUACAAAUAUGUGCUGCGAAUGCCAGGAACACCAGAAGAAUAUAAUACAAAGAAAAUUGGACUCUUUAAAGAGAAGUGUUGAAAAUUACUCAAAUCCUUUGAGAAUUAUCAAUAAAAGUGGUGUAGAUCCAAUGUUCGCAAUGUCUGCAAUGUUGCAAAGCGAUGUCAUGUCUAAUGAUGCUUUGGAUCAGAUACAAGACGUCGAAAAAGUUCUCGCUGAGUAUUCUAAGGUGUAA